AUGGUGACACGGACGACAUGGAUCGUGCUGGGCGUGCAGCUGCUUGCGGGAUUGUGCGAGGGCUCAGCGUUUGCGUCAAGCGCCGCCGGCACGCCGGCCCACGCGGGGGGGAGCAACAACGCCCAAGGAAAUGGCGGGAGGGCAGGGGCAGGGGCGGCGAUGUCCGCAAAGACCUCUUCGCUGCUGUCGUCCGCGAAGAGCGGCGUGAGAGACUUCUUCGCCACGGCCUCUUCCGCUAGCGACGGAACCGGGUUCGGGGGGUGA